CAAAAUGGAACCUUUCUUACGUAAAAGCAUCGAGUGAAGUUGCAUAGAGUGAACAAAAAAAAAAAUAAUUAACAGAAAAGGCGAUUUUAAUUGUUUAUGAAAUAAUAUACAACGUAUAUUACGACGGUUUAUUUGACGACUAACGUAUGGUUAUGUUUUACUGUGAAAAGUCGAACGAGUAUGAACUUGGAGGGGAAUUUCCGGUUAGCGUAGUGACGUGAGUUCUCAACGUGUUACUAUUGUGCAUUGUGUGCUCGCCGCCAUAGCUGAUCGCUGUGAAGUGCGCAUCGUUAGUACCGAGUUUUGUGUACAUAUAAAUGGCGACGGACGAAAAAUGGUACUUUACGAAAGAACAACUAACAAAUACUCCGAGCAGAAGAUGUGGCAUCGAUGCAGAUAAGGAACUGAGCUACAGGCAGCAGGCAGCAAAUUUCAUUCAGGAUAUGGGACAGCGGCUCGUGGUGUCACAAUUAUGCAUCAACACGGCAAUAGUGUAUAUGCACAGAUUUUACGUAUUCCACUCGCUGUCACAUUUUCACAGGAAUGCAAUUGCAGCAGCAGCACUAUUUUUAGCAGCAAAAGUCGAAGAACAACCACGCAAGUUAGAACAUGUUAUCAAAAUGGCACACAUGUGUCUCCACAGAGAUCAGCCCCCACCUGAUGUCAGAUCUGAGCAAUACCUUGAGCAAGCUCAAGAUCUGGUGUUUAAUGAGAAUGUUCUACUGCAAACAUUGGGGUUUGAUGUCGCCAUUGAUCAUCCCCAUACACAUGUUGUUAAAUGUUGUCACCUGGUUAAAGCGAGCAAGGACUUAGCCCAGACUUCAUACUUCAUGGCAUCUAACAGUUUGCAUUUAACAACCAUGUGUCUGCAGUACAAGCCAACGGUAGUUGCCUGUUUUUGCAUUCAUCUCGCAUGUAAAUGGUCUAAUUGGGAGAUACCCCAGAGCACGGAAGGAAAGCAUUGGUUCUGGUACGUCGACAGAACUGUGACAUCUGAACUAUUACAAGAGCUUACAGCAGAAUUCCUUCACAUAUUUGAUAAGUGCCCGUCAAGAUUGAAAAGGAAAAUAAUGAGCAUAUCUGCUAAUCAAAGUCCAAGCAUUAAUCAUCCUAGUUUACCAAACUCACCAUUUGAUGCGGAACCUCGUAAAGUACAGUCUCCAGCGACGACUGCCGAUGGUGGACCUACAUUUCAUACGAAUCGUCCUCAUCAGACGGAGAAACAAGAAGAAAAGAAACAGAAUGCACCUGUGUCUGCGAGACCUCCUGUAGAUUAUCGAGAGUAUCGGGAAAAGAAAGAACGCGAACGUUUGGAAAGAGAGAAGGCAUCAGUUCCACCGUCGGUUCCGCAAAGUCAUGUGUCGGAUAUUAAUAAGCAUCAUUCUCAUCACCAUAAACCUGUAUCUAGUACAAACGUGCUGAACAAACAUCCGUUGCCUCUUGGACAGAAGACGCUUCAUCAUAAUCAUCAUCACAGACCAGAUAUAAAAGUUGGACAACCAGUACCUCAGAGGCACUCGAGUAGUACUCAAGCUAGGGAACCAAAUCGCGAUCCCAAUAGACAGAGGCUACAAAGAGAGUACAAUUCAAACACUGGUACAAGUAGCAGUAGUAGUAGUAAUAAUAGUGCUCUCCAUUCUCACAGUCACACCGUACCGAAAGAAUUAACAUUGGAUAGUUCUAUGACCGAUUCCGCUACUCACAGAUCGGAUGUCGGAUCGUUACAGGAGCCAACUUCUCACGGGAAUAUACAAGAAAAACUUAGUAAUAAUAAUCAUAGUGUGCACAGAUCAAGUGGAGUAGAAAGUAAACAUCAGGGUCAUGACAAAAGAAUAUAUGAUCCAAGGCAUAAACUUGUAGAACAUAGGAAAGAUAGUGAACAAAAGCCAUACAAAUAUCCGGAUCCAACCAGAAUCGAUCGACAAAGAAAGUCUGAUACGUUAGAGCAGAGGUGCGAGGAGGUUAGAAAGCUCAUCGAAAAGCCAUUACCUCCGCCGAAACCAACACUCGAUGUACCAUAUAGUUCGAAUGCACAGAAGCCGUCGCAUCAUACAAAAUACAAUCAGUCGGAAAAAUUACAAAUUAGUUCUGGGGCAAUGCCGACUGAUAUGAAGCUUGGUACUAGCCAGAGUUCGUUUACGCAAGAAAAGUCUCCAACCAGCUCCGUUUCAACUUCACUACUUAAUCAGAAAUCUUUAACUUCAAAGACAAUAUCCAGUCAACAUACAGCUCACGGCGUGUCUCAGAUAUUGAAGGAUACUAUUAGAAAUAAUUCUCAAUUGUCGAGUUUAUCGUCAUUGAACAAUCUCGACGAUCCAAAAACUGAGAAACGACCACGACACGAUGACAUAGACAAGAGUUCGUCCGAUAUCCAACAGAGUGUAUUACAAACCCCCUCUGGCAAGCCGAAAUCGCUAUUCAGUCCAGAGAAAGUACCAACGCCUCGGGAAUCUCAUUCACAGAGGUCUAAGACUAAGCAAAAGACGCCGCCCUCGGCUGCAAAAGUUCCUAAACAAGAACGCGUAUCAGAUUCGUCGAUAAACUUUAAUUUAGUAUCGCCUUUUGCAAGCCCGCCAGGCUUGCAGCAGCAAGAAGCACAAUCGAACAAAAGAUCGGCAAACGAUGUUUCCACAGCGUCCCAUAAAAGGCAUCGUACGGCUAGCACGAGUAGCGAAAGCGGGCAGCAAGCAAAAGUAAAAACGGACGAUACCAGUUUCGAGACAACUAAAACGCUCGGUAGAGUACCAGAACUGAUACCGCCUAUAAAAGACAAUCCUUCGGCGAACGGCAGAGCCACUCAAAUCGCGAACGAUAUGAAACCACCGGAGAUCAUCAAACCGUUCGACUCUGAGCUGACGAUGUCGCGUUUUGGCACGAUAACUGUACAGCAACACAUUUCUUCGAAUCAGCAGGGUUUAACGAACGGAUUGGACACUAAUCUACUCAAGCAAGAGCCUCAAGAAUAUCAAAUCAAGAAGGAAACUUACAAAACAGAUUUGCCGAUAAAAGUUGAACACUCUCAGAUUAAAAGUGAAUAUUUAUCACCAUUGAAAUCUGCUCAAAGUAUAAGUGCCCUGCUUCAGGAACCUUUAGCACCGAUGCCAUCGUUAUUACAAAAUAUUCAACAAUUUAGUCAAAUGCAAUCGCAACAACAAAUUCAUCAGGAACAGUUUCAACAGCAACAGCAACUUCAACAGCAACAACAACAACAACAACUACCACCGCCGCCGCCACCACCACCACCACCACCACUACCACUACCACCACCACCACCACCAUCAUCUUCGCAACUUCAACAUCAGCCACCCAUAUCUCAUUCCAUGUUGCUCACGCAACAGGAACCUGUUCCUGUUCAAAGUCAGUGUCUGUCCUUAUCAACGGUUAGUGAACCGAUGAUUGCCUCGACUGUAGAUAUAAGUAUCCUCUCUGUUCCUGUGCAAACUACCACGGAAUCUAUUCUUUCUGUUCCGACGUCAACCACCAUAACCGUUGCUCCUCUGGCAGAGGAGAAAAGAUCGGAGCACCACAAGAGCGAGAAGAAGAAAAAGAAGGAGAAACACAAGCACAAGGACAAGGAGAAGAGUAAAGAGAAACACAAGCACAAGCAUAAGGACAAGGAUAAGGAGAAACAUCGGGAAAAGGAUAAGGAAAAAAGUGAGGACACCGUGCCCGCGGUACCCAUUAAAAUCACAAUUCCGAAAGAUAAAUUAAACCUGAGCACCGAGUCGACGAAUAGUAGCGGUGGUAGUACGGUGCCGCCUGAUAAAAACAAGUCUCCUCAGAACACCAGCAUCAAGAUCAUUAUUCCAAAGGAACGGCUAAAGGGCACGGACAGUGUGUCCAAUUCGCCAGGUCAGUCGGUGGUACAGGGUCCGUUAAAGAUUAAAAUUCGGACAGAUGGAAUCUCGAGGAGUUCCGGUACACCCUCGACGACUACGACUAGCUCGAGCAGUAUCGUUCCAGAGUUCACGAACGAGAGCCGGAAGCGCGAUCGUUCGGAAAUGAAGGAGAGCCCAACGACCAGUGUUCCACCGACGAAGAAGCAAUCGCAGGUUACCUCGGCGGGUUACGGGCAACACCGGCCAGGCGAACGGCAAAAUGGCAGACAUUAUAGUUCAGGCAGCAAUAAUAAGGUACGUGGAGGCGGUAGAGGCGGCCGCCAGUAUAUCGGGCGUGGUCCACCACCAGCAGGAUCGGCGGGCCAUUACAAUGCUCCCGGCCAGCGCGACGGCUACUAUCAAGAGUACAAUAGUAACAAUGUCCGUAAUCCACAUCACUCUCAUGCAUCCUCGGCUCGUGGUGAUCCAGGCUACUCGAGGGCUGGCCACGUAAAUCAAUCCCAACCGGAUUCUUAUUUUUUUGCUAAUUACCCGCCGCCCUCGAUGUUCAAUCCUGCCGGAUACGUUUACGAUCCCAUUAUGUACUAUUCGCAGUAUCAACAACAAUAUCCGAUGUAUCCGGCGGGUAACGUCAUUAUAACAUCAGAUGGUGCUAUUGAUACGUCUGUACCGCCACCGUCCUUGCCACAGAAUAUGCGACAAAGUCAAAGCAUGAUCCCAGUCCCGUCUGCUCGGCAAGAACCUAAGACACCGCCGCCAUUGCCGAGCGGACCACCUCCUAGUUCCUCACCGCCGCCACCUCCGCCACCGGAAUAACGUUCGUACGGAGUAUUCCUGCCUUGUAGUGGACUUCAGAGGUAGACUUUCCAAAGUAGGGGUAGUAAUUGCAGUCACUUCUUGCUCCAUUCUCUUUUACGUUGAGUAAUCGACUUGAUUGGCUGGAAAUCUACGUGGCUGUGUAAAUUUAGAUUUUUUCUUUUUUUUUUUUACUCUCGUUCGAUCCUUGGAAGCAUUGCCCAAGUCAAGUAUCAUAAUCUGUAAUCGUCACUUUGUUAAUUUCAGACAACGUUUUUUAAUGACUUGGACAGGACUUACAAAACUAUGAUUUCCAGCCCUCCAAUUGUCUUCUUCUCAGCAUAAUAUGUUAUGCUGAUUAAUUCAAUUUUAGAAUUAACUUUGUGUGUUCUCAGUGGUUAAUGUGUACAUCAUCAUUAAUUACCAUCAUUGAUUAAGGAGAAAAGGAGAAGUGGCUGGAGAUUCCCGUAGAAUGAAUCUUCGAUCAAAAGGAACACACUUUCGCCUUUGCCUCUAUCCUCUCUUCUUCUCCCUUUCAGUUUGUGAAUGGUAGAAGUAGCAGCAUGACAACGUACGAUCUCUAUUCCCUUAGUGUUAAAAAUUAUCAUACUUUGAUCUUUCCACCUUUGUACCUGUAGCGCAUCCUUAGAGUAGUUAAAUGAAUGUGAGCCUUCGUUCAAGAGUAAAUAAAACGUUAGAAAUUUCACGAGGUCCGCCGCAUGGACCUUGGAGGGAUGAAGUAAUUCACGAAGACGAGUUUGCGAUUUUGGAGAAUAUAUCUCAAGAUCAAGCAGCUCUUAAUAAAUUCGAUAAAGAGAUAAUCUUUAGACGACUUUGGCGUUCUUAGUUAAAAUGAGCAUUUUAAUUAAGGACCAUCUCUUUAUCGAAUCAAUUGAGAAUUACUUCAUUCUGAGAUAUUUUCAAAGUAGGAUCCUUGGAAUUUGAGAAGAGAAAAGACAACCAUCAUGAAAUUUCACGACAACCAUCUUCUUUAUCCUGUAUAUUUCAAAAAAAUACAUAUAGCAGUCGUAUAUGUUGUUGAAGAUGUCAUUUUGAAGAUCAUCAGUAAUUUUUUGUUUCGUGCCGAAACUUUCUUUUUCCCUCGAAAGGAGAAGAAGACGGAAGCAAGGGAAACGUUGUCGUGAAGUUUAAUGCACGAAACACUGCCAGCUCAGAAAUGAAAAGGUAAUCAUGUUUUGCGCUUAUGGUCAAACGUCGACAGAUUUUGAUUAACGUAUGCUCAAGAAGAAUUAGAAAAGAAAAAGAAGGAUAGCUUUCCUCAGUCUUGUUCUUUUUCCUAUUCUUUACGUGUCACAGUACCUACAACCAAUUAAUCGAUUUUCUUGCGAACAAAUCUCGUCGAAAUAGUCUAAAAGAAUUCCUUUGCUGGCAAAGGGUCUCGGAGAAAGGGUGAUGUAAAGCGUGUUGUGUUCAUAUUAAAUCAAAUCGUUGUGUAAAUGGGUGAAAGGGCUAGAGAAACUUACACGGUUACUUAAGAAACGAUAAAAAAAAAUUAAAUAAAAUACGAAUAAAAGUAAAACAAAAAAAAAAAAAAAAACAAAAAAAUUACAAACAAGAGGAAAAGAGAAAAAAGGAAAAAUGUGUGUAGUGAAAUGAUUGAGAGUGUUCAGUGAAACACAAGUGUACUAUUAAUAUGAAUUUGAAAGUGUACGUGUUUGUAAAGGUAUAUAUAAUACUGUUCAAACUAACACUUCUUUGUGUAUCGCGUGGUCGUUGUUUUUUUUUUUUUUUUUUUUAUACGCAGAUAAUAUAUAAUAACAAAAUUUCUUUCUUUCACUAAUCCUUUGCAGUUCGACUUAUCUUUGUGUCACAUUAGUCGAAGCUAAUGUUCGCUAAGCUUUCUUCACAAUACUUUCUUCAAUACUAUUCUUUUUAUAUUUUAGCAUUGACAUUGCCAUCGAAUAUUAUUUUAUAUGUACACUGGUUUUAAAGAGAUCUAGAAGAAAAAACAAAAUGCAUCAUUGUAAUUACUGUAACACAUUUAUUAUUAGAUUUAUUAUAAUAUUGUGGAAGUCACAAGGAACGCAAAGGGUUAUUAUCGCGUUGUUCUUCUGUGCAAUAAAAAGUUGCAUUAAUCCUGAUGAUAUGGAAAAAAGAAGAAAGAAAUAAUGUUGGAACAAUCACUAAAAAAAGGAUGCAACUUUCGCAUGUGACUUAGUUUCGUGACUAUUUUUCUAUUUUUACGUUUUUUUUUCCUCUUUUUGAACGAUAUUUAUACGCCCAUUUAUUAAACUACGGCAUAGACUGUUGCGCAAGAGUUGCGAAAUUACGAUUACAAUUAUAAUUAUAUAGAUGUGAUUUCAAAUGAAGUGAUGGAGUAACGUAGAAUUCGCUCGUAUUGUUAAUACACGACUACCAUAGACUUGUUAAUAUCUUGCUUAUCUCGUUUAUUUCUCGUGUUCGAAUUCGAACAUACGGUCAACGAACUGUGAUCUAAAAUUCACGAUUGAUGAUGAUUCAGUCAUUCACUGUAGACGAAUUGUGCAUUAUUACUGAAAUUUUGUUGAAGUGAGCUGCGAUUUGACGGUCGUUAUAUUUUUCGAUCAUGGAAUGCAGAUCGGACUGUGAUUUAGUUAAUGAAAAUAUUGGCUUGGAUACGAUUUUUUGAUAGCUGUAUUGUCUGUUUUUUUUUUUUUUUUUUUUUUUUUUUUUUUUAUAGAAUCAUUUCUUUCGUCUAUUUAAGGUUUCGUCAUCAAUGCAGAUCGUGAAAUCUGUUUCUUUGCAGAUUGAAGGGAAUCAAAUUCUGCUGUCACUCAAGUAAUUUCAAGAGUUUUUUUUUUUUUUUUUUACAAAAGUGAUAUUGUACAUUUCAAUAAUUUUAUAUUUUGUAUAAAUAUAUCUUUUUCACUCUCAUUUUCGAGAGAAUCGAAUUUAAUUUGCAUUUUCGUAAGCAGAGUGAUCUUCUAAUUUAACUGUUCGAGUUAUUUAGCGUCACUGAUGCAAAAUCGCAGUUCAUCUAUACGAAACCUUUCAGAAAAUCGGGGCAAAAGUUCUUAAAGAAUAAAUAGAUCUCCGUUUCGUUACGGUGAUGUUCUAAAUAAAGAAUCCUCUCUUCAGAUUCAGCGAACAAAUCUAAUCUUCACUUUAUCGAUGUCAAAGCAACGAUUUGAUCACAUGUAUCCUCACGUCUCGUUAACCUUUGCAAGCAUAUCUUUUUAAACGUAUAUGAAUGUAUAAAGAAAUUUUGUUGACAAACCUUAUAAAAGUUUAUAAAAAUUGUAAUUUUAUACAUUCGUUUGUACGGCUAAAAAGAUAAGGCUCGCGAAGAUUAACACGUGAGGAUAUAUGUGUGAUCAAAGAAGCAUCGUUACAAAUCGUUGCUCUUGACAUCGGUAAAAAGAGAAGAUUUGUUCGCUGAAUUUGAGGGAGGAUACUUUAUUUAGAGUUGGAAAUAUUCGUUAAGAACUUUCCUACCUACUUUUACAUUCUCUCGUGCGUUCUUACGUGUAUAUGUAGAUUAAUUUUAUAUUUAUUCCGAGUAAUCGCGAAUGUGCGUGGAUUUUUCUCUUCUUUUUCCUCUCUCUCUAUUCUUAUUAGCAUAAUUCGCAUCUUUGAAAAUAUAUAUGCAUAUUAUAUAUGUAUAAUAUAUAUAUAACACGUGUAUAUAUAUUAUAUAUAUAUAUAUAUAUUUAACAAGAUAAAAGUAAUGAUUAUUAUCGAAUGGAUAUUAUCUCAGGUACGUGUCAAAUCAGAGCGAGAGAUAGACGUAAUUAAUAUAUUGAAACAAAAAAAAAGAAUACACAUAUACGAUAAUAAGUAUAAAUGCGUUUAUAUUUACAUAAAAAUAUACACACACGGCACGUAUGCACGCGUGUAUCGUGAUUCGUCAUUGUGACAUGAUACGAAUUUAUCGUGCUGCUAAGCGUUGUGGUCGCGAUUAAAUUAAUUAAGUAAUUAAUUAGUAAUUAUUGUCACAAUUAUUAUCUAGUAUUUUGAAUUUAGGUUAUUACAUGUGUACUGUGUGAUUGUUAUGAUCGUUGCCCCUUUUCUUAGAUUUCUCAGUGCAAAAUUCUGUAUCUCUUUUUAUAUUUCUGUAUCUUUUAGCUUAUUUUCUUCUAGUUAAGAAAAAAAAAAUAUAUAUAUAUAUGUGUCUAUAUAUAAUUUUAGUUUAAAAGAAAGAAAAAGAAUUUAAAAAGGAAAAAAAGAAAUCGUGAAUCGUUUGUUUGAAUAGAUAUUCCGAUCAUGAAUCGAGGAAAAUCACGUAGAAAACGACAAACACAUUGUAUAGAAUUUAUUUUUCAAAAUUUUCUUCUUUGAUUAUUACUAAUUUAUGAUUGGCGCAUGAAUUGCACCAAUGAAAUUUAAUUGUUUACCGAUAAAUAUAAUUGUACAAACGAGAAAUAUAUUUCUAUAUAUAAUUAUGAAAUUAAUUAUGAAUAUUAUUUGAAUUAUUUCGACAUUAUAUUUAUUCUUCCUGGAUAUCUUUCGAGCAUACAAACGAGAACGAACCUCUAGCUUUAAUCAUAACCAUAAAUAUAAUUAAGAUCGUUGUGUAAAACUCGUAGGACUUGUAUGUGAUAUUAAAAAAAAAAAAAAUAUAUAUAUAUAUAAGAGAGAAAAAAAGAAAAAAAAAACAAUCUGGAAGGAACGAAACAGGAAAAAAAAGAGAAGUACUGAGAAAUUGCAAGAAAAUUCAUAGGAUCGGCCUAGUUAAAAAAGAAAUUGUGCAAUUGUACAAGUUGUGUGAAGACAAAAUAAUUGCUAAGGUAAAUUAUAUAGACUUUGUACUCUCCGAUAGCAAGAAAUUGAAAGAGAGUUAUAUACAUGUGAGUUUAUUUAUACACACACACACACACACACAUAAUAUUUAUAUAUAUAAAUAUAAUAGUAACGAUAUACGAUAUACGAGCUCUUGCAUAUGAGUAGCGAUCGAUAUGAGUGAUAUGAAAUUUAUGAACCGUUUAUAGAAAACACGAAAUGUGUAAAAUUUUGCGAAACACUGCAUCAGUACUGUACACAAUGUAUGUGUAUAUAUAUAUAUAUAUAUAUAUCUGUCACUUGUGCGUACGUUUCCUGCAAUUGUCACCUACAUAUGUUGUCACUGAUGAGGUGUUUAGUUAUUUUAUACAGUAAUUAUACGCUUAGAAAAUUUUGGAAACUUUAAUCAUUUCAAAAUCUCACAGAUACCCAUGUGGUACUGUCCUUUGUAAAAUACACCGUUCGCGCAAACCACCAGUUUUCUUCAUCCGGGUUAUUGUGUUACCGUGAAUGAAACUUUUGUACCUGGAUCGUCCACACAACUUAUGAACUUAUUAGAUAGAAACGCGUAGGUGCUUGUACAUAUAUGUAUAAUAUCUUAAUUUUAUAGAAAGAAAAGGUUUAAUAUCGUGUAUAAUUUAAUGAAAAUAGAUUGUUCUAGUGUACACGUUGCGGACAAUUACAUAUUAUUAUUAUUAUUAUUAUUAUUAUUAUUAUUAUUAUCAUUAUCAUUAUUAUUAUUAUCAUUAUAAUUAUUAUUAUUAUUACUACUAUUAUUACCAUUAUUAUUAUUAUUAUUAUUAUUAUUAUUAUUAUUAUUAUUAUCAUCAUUAUUAUUAUUAUUAUUAUUACGGCAGGAAUCGUAUGCGUCAUGUGUUCGACCAAGAAAAGAAAUAAUCAUCCGAAAUAAACGUUCUGUGGAAACGAAAA